AUGUUUGCACUUACGACAUCAUCUGCAGGCGCUGCUGCUGGUGAGCCUUGCACAGUUUUCAAGUACCACAAGGAAGCUGACCAGUCCGAUUGCAAGGACCCAGACCUAGUCACUGACCUGGAACAAGGAACUAUCUCUCAAACCGGCGGGCGACUCUUCUGUAGCGUUGACAAAGGUCACGAUUUGACAUGUUUAUGUGUUUGA